CUUGCACACCGAUCACCGCCUGCUGCUGUAGCCGUGUUGGAAGGAACCACCGGGACCCCCGACCUCCAAACCCCGCUGCCCGGCCGCCGCGACAUCCCACCUCCCGGCAUCCUGGAAGCACCGGGGGAGCCCCAGAUCUCCACCCGUCACGAAUGCUGCCUCCCCCCGACGACAUGCGAGGAGCUGCCGGCGGAGCAGGAGAAGGAGCCGCGGGGCGCCAGCCGCGUCCUGAUGGUUAAGAGGAUCAUGAGAGACGGGCCGACGGGCAUCGGUAGACCCAGUAUUUACCAUGCGGUGGUGGUCAUCUUCCUGGAGUUCUUUGCGUGGGGACUCCUGACCACGCCCAUGCUGACGGUUCUGCACGAGACGUUCCCUCAGCACACGUUCCUGAUGAACGGUCUGAUCCAGGGCGUGAAGGGCUUGCUUUCGUUCAUGUCGGCCCCUCUGAUUGGAGCGCUGUCAGACGUGUGGGGGAGGCGAUCGUUCCUAUUGAUCACCGUCUUCUUCACCUGCGCUCCCAUUCCCUUAAUGAGGCUCAGCCCCUGGUGGUACUUCGCUAUGAUCUCCAUGUCGGGGGCCUUCUCCGUCACCUUCUCCGUCAUCUUUGCCUACGUAGCGGACGUCACGGAUGAGAGAGAGAGGAGCACAGCCUACGGCCUGGUGUCUGCUACCUUUGCAGCCAGCCUGGUGACCAGCCCGGCCAUCGGAGCAUACCUGUCGGCCUGCUACGGAGACAGCCUGGUGGUGCUGCUGGCCACGCUCAUCGCCCUGGCGGACAUCUGCUUCAUCAUGCUGGUCGUCCCCGAGUCCCUCCCCGACAAGAUGAGACCCAGCACCUGGGGAGCCCCCAUCACCUGGCAGCAGGCGGACCCCUUCUCCUCUCUGAGGAAGGUGGGUAAGGACACUACAGUGCUGCUGAUCUGCAUCACUGUCUUCCUCUCCUACCUCCCUGAGGCCGGACAAUACUCCAGCUUCUUCCUCUACCUCCACCAGGUCAUCCAUUUCUCCUCAACGACUAUCGCUGUGUUCAUCGGUGUGGUGGGAAUUCUGUCUAUCAUUGCCCAGACCCUGCUGCUGACCCUGCUCAUGAGGACUCUGGGUAAUAAGAACACGGUGCUACUGGGGCUGGGCUUCCAGAUCCUCCAGCUGGCCUGGUACGGCCUCGGCUCUGAGCCAUGGAUGAUGUGGGCAGCGGGGGCUGUAGCUGCUAUGUCCUCCAUCACCUUCCCAGCCGUCUCUGCUCUGGUCUCCAGAUCUGCUGACCCAGAUAAACAAGGUCUGGUGCAGGGUAUAAUAACAGGGAUAAGAGGGCUGUGUAACGGUCUCGGACCAGCACUCUAUGGCCUGGUCUUCUACCUCUUCAACGUGGAGAUCAACACCCUGGACCCCAUAGAGGGAGAGUUCAACAUCGACCCUGUUCCCCUAGAGAGCCCUGCUGAGAGAUCUCUGAUCCCCGGCCCCCCCUUCCUGCUGGGGGCGUGCACGGUGGUCAUCGCCUUCCUGGUGGCCCUCUUCAUCCCCGAGAAGCCCCCCCUGCCGCCUGGGGACGACAAGCAGCAGCCUGAAGCCAAAGACUCUCUCUCCUCAUUGGCUGGCGUCCAUAUCAACACGCCCCUUCCAGGAAGUGAUGAGGAAGCCCCUCCCGCCACCAGCGACGAGGACUUUGAGCCGCUGUUACAUGACCGUAUUGUUUGAUUGACAGGUAAAUGGAACCAUAAUAAUAAUGAUAGUAUUUAUGUUUUGCCAAAAGGAGGGACUAACAACGUAUGAUUGUGAAGGAGUAUAGCCAAUGCGCUCUGGUGAUUAACAGGCCGUCAAUCACACUUGCAAGAGGACUAACAUCGUCAUUUGAUUGGCCAGAAGAGAGCCCACGCCCAUCUCUUCCUUCAACCAACAGCGUUGUUAGUUCUCUAAAGAGGGCGGGAACAAGUCAACAUCGGGUUUGUGCUCCCCGCUCCUCCUGGAGUCCUUCUAGGAACCUUCAGCGUUACUCAACUGACACCAGAAUGGACCAAUGGCAAGAGAGACUGGUCCACUUGGGACAAGGCUACUUUUAACCACCCUCCCACUGCCUGUAUGGGCGUCUUUGAAUGAGAAUGAAAAGGACAGAAAAUUUAACACAAAAGCGGACACAAGAACCCACACACACACGCCACACGCACACACACACACACACACACACACACACACACACACACACACACACACACACACACACACACACACACACACACACACACACACACACACAUAUAGAGAUGCACACACUAAGUGAGAUUGUGGUGGUACUGAGUGUUACUGUAACUGAAGGAUUGUAUCUGUAACUAGAAGAUUGUUAUGUCCUUUCUGAAAUCAUCUUUUAAAUCGUCAAAAUCGUUGAUGUUUUGUUUUUUUAAAACAAAACGUGUUUCUACCUUUAAUUGUAUUAUUUCAAUACAGUAAAUAAUGCAUAUUUAUUGUUUAUAUUUUACUGUACAGAAUGUGUCAACUCAUCAGCUUGGGAUUCAGUGUUCAUUUGUAUUUUUUGUUCACAGAUUGUUUUUUUAUACAAUUUAAAUUAAGCUUUAUCCCUGCUAUCUCAGAGGGCUCAAGCUAACUGUACUUAUUCGUGAUGUCACAAAGACAAGCUAACUGUACUUAUUAGUAAUGUCACAAAGACUAGCUAACUGUACUUAUUAGUGAUGUCACAAAGACUAGCAAACUGUACGAAUUGAUGUCACAAAGACUAGCUAGCUGUGAUUAGCAGACUAGCUAACUGUACUUAGUGAUGUCAUGUGGGAAAACUUGCAGUUGGUGCUUGAACCUUCAGUUGGAAUUUGGGCGAAAGAGAUGAAGAAAGUACUACAAUAUUAAGUUAUUCAUACAGUUUCUGCAAGAUUUGUUUACUUUCCCAAAUUAUUUUUUCUCUUGCAUGUGUGACCAUCAUUUUCAAAAAACAAAAUCAUUCAAGCACAGUUAUUUAAAUUUCAUUAUUUGUUUUGCUCAAUGUAGCCCAAUGCCUAUGUGAUGAUGCUUGGCCACCCGCUACAUGACUAGCCCUAUAAUAAUAAAUGAUUGUUGGUUGGAA